CUGAUGCUUUAUCUACUGUGCCACCUAGCUUCCCUGAAUGUUAGGAUUUUUAAAAAAACUUUUCACUAUUGUCUGCAGAUGCCCCACAGUUAUUCUUCAUAGCAUUCAUGUUCAAUCCAGGGCAAUGAUUUGCCACAAAGGUUAGUUGGCCAAUACCUAAAGAGUAUCAGUACGAUCAUGGGAUUUAGAGGCAGGAAGGACCAUAGAGAUCCAGCUGCCAAGUGGACUGAGAUGUAGACAGAGGAUGUGCCUUACUUGCCCAGUAUCAAGGACUAUCAUGAGUAUCAUGGGUACUGUGCCACCACCCUGUACCACUACAAAAAAGGUGCUGAUCCACCUCUUUGGGGCUCUUUAUAUAUUUUUUAUAAUAAACCCUCUGACACUGCAGUGCCCCUGUCAGUGAAGAUGGAGUAUAGAAGUUCAGGGACAAGAUGAGGGAUAUAGAAGUUCAGGGACAGGGUUGCUUGUGACUGCAGUUCCAGCUGCUGGACUCAGCCCCUCAGGGCACCUGCGCUGGUUUAUCUCACCAGCUACUCACAAGAGACCAGACGAGGUCCCUUCUUAGGGUUGAACAGCUAACAAGUGGCAAGGUUGGAGCUCCUCAUACAGACUUCAGUGUUCAUUCCACUAGAUCAGCUGUCUGAGAAAGAUUCCUCAAGCAUUUUAGCAUGGAAAGAGGUUUGGAGUGAAGGGCACACAGGAGAAGGCAGCUGGGAUGCCCUUAGCUUCUUUGUUCCUUUGCCCUUUUCUCCCCACAGGCAGCCUGAGCUCCCUGAAACUAGAAGGUGGACUAUACCAAGACAAACACCUGGAUGCUGCUAUCGCUUGGCAAGGUAAACUCACUACCCACAAAGCCAAGAACCCCUUUCUACAAAACCUUCUGAGUGCAGAGGGAGUGAUGAGUAGUGAUGGCGUCUGGAGGGUCCAAGCAUUCCCCAGGGGUAAAGGUCUCCCACCACUUACCAAAGCCUUUUGCCCCACCCCAAAAUCACUAAUCCCUCCAGAGGGAAGCAUCAAGGUGUGGUCUGACUUCCUUCAUGUGCAGCUACACCCCAGAAGUAUCUGUAUCAUCCAGAAUUACAACCAUGAUGGAGAGGCAGGCCGUCUAGAGGACUUUGGCCAAGGUGAAAGCCUCUUAAGAGAGCCCACGUACCUGGAAGAGCUUGAGGACAGACUACACUUCUAUGUAGAAGAGUGUGACUACUUGCAGGGUUUCCAAGUCCUGUGUGACCUCCACGAUGGCUUCUCUGGCCUAGGAGCUAAAGCAACAGAGUUACUUCAGGAUGAGUAUGCUGGACGGGGAAUCCUGACUUGGGGCCUGCUGCCUGGCCCCUAUACCCUAGGGGAGCCCCAGAAAAACUUCUAUCGCCUCUUCAACACAGCCCUCGGCCUCGUGAACAUGGCGGCUCACAGCUCACUCGUCUGCCCGCUGUCCCUCGGGGGUGGCCUGGGGCUUCGGCCUGAGCCCCCAGUCACCUUCCCACAUCUUCGCUAUGAUGUCACACUGCCUUACCACAGCGGCGCCCUUCUGGCUACAGCUCUGGACACAAUCACUGUCCCCUACCGACUGUGUUCCUCCCCAAUUUCCAUGAUGCACCUGGCUGACAUGCUGAGCUUUUCCGGGAGAAAGGUGGUUACAGCUGGAGCCUCCAUCCCCUUCCCAGUGGCUCCUGGCCAUUCCCUUCCAGAUACCUUGGCCCAGUUUGGAAGUACCAUACCCUGGACUCCACUUUCUGCAUGUGGGGAGCCAAGUGGCACCCACUGCUUUGCACAAUCUGUGGUGCUUCGGGGUGUGGAUAAAAUACGGCAGACCAGUCAGCUCUCCCCAGGUACAUCACCAACUUCCCCACUUCAUGCCUGCACCAGUGGAGAGGAGGUACUGGCCCAGUAUUUACAGCAGCUGCAACCUGGGGUCCUGAGCUCUUCCCAGCUGCUCCUGAGUCCAUGCAGGGUUGUGCCUCCAUACCCCAGAUUCUUCUCCUCCCGACUCAACCAGCAGGGCUUGAUUCUGGAUGGCACCCACAAUGGGACAGCAGUGGAGACUAUCCCUGUGCUCGCAACACUGAGCUCCUCCUCACUGCUGCAUCGUGCCUUGGGCCGCUUGGCUGGGGAACUGGCCAACCUCGACUUGAGACGCUGGGCCAGUUUUCUAGCAGCAGGUGUGGAACAAGAUGACAUGGAGGAAACCAUACAGGAGCUGCACAACCUGGCCCAGUGUUACAAAGAUGGAGACAGCCUCAUAAACUGAACACCUUUCAU